UACGUAAAGAAAAUAAGUGUUAGGUUUUACUGUUAAUUAGUACAUUUAGCUCGAAGCAAUAACUUCUCCCUCGCAGUGAGCUGUCACCGUGGUGCCUAACGUGAACGGCUAACUGAAGCUAAGUUGACGCUAGCUAACCUGACCGUAUUAGAAGUGUAAAAGUCGAAACAUGAGUGAAAUAGAGUGCUGUCUUGUGCAUUAUGAUUGCCGAAUUCAACGGAAGAGCCUAUCGCUUCCUGCUCUUUUCAAAUUAUGUCCCUCAAAGUUUUUACAUGUGUCGCCCAGCGAUGUGGAUUUAAAUUGACCGUUUUUAUAACGCGGCUUGGUCCAGUAUGGCUAAUCACAGGAGUACAGGUCGCAUCUCGGCUUCAGUGAUGCCCAGACAAGAUGGCAAGGUUGCCAUAGUGACAGGAGGAGGCAGGGGAAUCGGCUAUGAGGUAGUCCGCCACAUGGCCAGACUGGGGGCGCAUGUUAUCAUAGGUGGGAGGGAUGAGCAGGAGGGUCUGGAAGCCAUCAGACGGAUCUGUGAAGAGGACAAAGAGGCCAAAGUGGAGUUCAUGAAACUGGACCUAGCUUCUGUGCAGUCUGUCCGUCAAUUCGUCCGAAGCUUCAAGGAGCGGGACCUGCCGCUAAACAUCCUGGUCAAUAAUGCGGGUGUCAUGCUGGUUCCUGAGGGCCGUACUGACGAUGGAUUUGAGCAGCACUUCGGCGUGAACUAUCUAGGCCACUUCCUGUUGACCUGGCUGCUCCUGGACACGCUGAAGGAUUCUGGGAAAUGUGGCUACUUCUCCCGUGUUGUCAACGUCUCCUCGUCUGCACACUGCGUUGGCGAAAUCAGACUAAAUGACCUAAAUAGCUGCCAGUGUUAUUCCGCCCACGCCGCUUAUUGUCACAGUAAGCUGGCCCAGCUGUUGUUUAGUUCUUACCUCCACCAGGAGCUGCAGCGUGGAGGUUCCCCUCUGAGCUCAUGUGCCGUGGAUCCUGGCAUGGUGGAUACUGCUCUCUAUCGCCACCUCUGGACGCCCCUCAGCCUGGCACAGAGCGUCAUCGCUCGUCUACUAUUCAGGACUCCCGCAGAGGGCGCUGCCUCUGUGCUUCACGCCGCUCUGUCACCGGACCUGGAGGGGGAGUGCGGGGGAGGUUACUGGGCCAAUGGGCGUCGGGAGAUGACAACACCGCCGACCUUUGACCCCCAGCUGCAGCUGAGCCUCUGGGAAACCAGCCUCCGGUUGUUGGGCCUGGAUUAGCAUGGGACUAAAGGAUGUCUAACUGGACUUAACACUCGGGCCAACCAGCCACCUUCCCCAUCUCCCCUUUUCUCAGUGUUCUCUUCUCCGUGCGAACCUCACAUCCAGGCGUUCGUAGCGAUUUUACAUUUGACAAUCGCAUAUCCCACCGCUGGACUGUGAUUGGUUAUUUGGAGAGUGAAGACCUCCUUUUUUUUUUUUUUGUUCCAGACCGGCCAAAGAAGGGCUACAGGGAAUGGACGAUGUCCUUUUGUCUUUGUUUGCUAACAUGUUACACACGUACACACACGCGCACUAAGGUCAUAGCGAUAUGUGAUUUUGUUGACUUUUCUGACGUCGAGCUUCAGUUAUAAACAGAUUUUCAGUUAUCAUUCAUCUUUGAUCUGAUAAAGUUUAUUCCCCGAUCGUAGCUGAACUCCGAUGUUGUUCCCUGGUGUCGUGUUCAAUGACAACCGCCUCACUCUGCCUUAAUAUCAUUAGUCUGGCUUUGGGUGAUGCUUCUUUGGAGGCUUUUCCAUCCUAAAAAUAGAAAUGUAGGCAAACCAUAAAAUGCUUUUUGACCUUCUAUUCAAAGGCUGAAGUUUGGCAUAGUAUACUGACUUCAAAUUCACAUGUUGGUCAAACCUUAGCACACACACACACACACACACACACACACACACACACACACACAUGCAGACACACACAUUCAAGCACCAUGACAAUGAUCUGAUUUUUCAAACCUGGACCCGCCUCGUUGCGGCAGGGGAAUGUGAUGUCAAAUCACAUCGUCUUUCCCAUCCCGCUCUUUUUAAGCACUUUAUUUUUGUCGGUACAUUCAUGUUGACUGCUGGUACGUUUAUGAUAAGCUGUGUUUUUCCCGUGCUGUUUUCAUGAAGAUGCUGGGAAGACAAUACCAACUCCUCUGUCCUCUCUCUCUCCACCGCUCCGCAAUCCAACAAAAGACGCUCCUUGACUGGACCGAUCGGGGGGAUUUGGAGAGGGAAGGGAUCCGAUGUAAAAUUUGGCCUAAAUGUGGAACAGUUCCCCCUAUAGAGCCCGAGAGUGACGAGGCACUCGGUUUUUGUUCUGGGGGAAUUUUCUUUGCUGUCAUUUUCUGAGGGAUUUCCAGUCAUUUCUGUUUGCUUUUGUCUGCUCGGAAACAAAAAAAGACAGCCACCCCACUGUCCCAGAUUUCCUUUGUGAUGUGUGUUAAUCGGUUUUACUGUGUCUGUGAUACCUGUGUGUGUUUUAUGAGUUAGGAAUUAACUCAUGCUAUAGACCCAAUUCAUGUUGAUGGAUAGCACAACAAUGGCCGGUCCUGGAGGAACAGCGGCAGGAAGAUGAGGGAGAGAGGGAAUGCACCGUUUUUAUUUCCAGUGUUAAAGCUGUGAUUGGUUCCUCAUUGCCGCUGCUGCCGCUUCCUCAUUUGGCGCAGCUCCCAGUGCAUUGUGGGAUUGAGAUUUCCCAGUGGUGAGAAUCAAACUCCAUCUGCUGAGCUGACACACACAGACACACUCAGAAACAGUGGAGGCAGUACAUCCAGGCACAGGCUUAUCUAAACAAGCACACAGCAAACAAACACGUCUGUUACUCAUGCAGGAAAAUACUCACACAUACACACACACACACACACACACACACACACACACACACACACACACAAACACCGCCAUAAUACCAUCUCCACUGUGAUAAACCAUUUUAGCUGUGAAGAUGAAAAGUUUUAUCUGAAAUUAAAAAGUUUGGGCUAAAAAUCCUCCCCCACAUGCCAUCCCAUGGCUAUAAGUGUCUCGUUGCUUUGAAUACUGCCACUAAGCAUCCAGCAUUCGUUAUUACCUGCCGUAUGUGAAGCAAUAGUAUCACUGUGGGAGCUAAUUCAGCCAGUAGCAGAGAGCUAGACACUCUGAAAAAGGGAAAGAAAGAAAAUUCAUAAAUGACGAAAAGAUAGCAGCGUCGAGUUACCCAUAUAUCAGGUAUUCAGAAUGUCUACAUGUAGGAAAAUAUUUAAUGGACACUGAAAGUGUCUAUUGUUUUGAGUGGUUUCUGGAAAAUCUCCAGGUUUUCAAGCAGUUUGAAGACGUGUCCCAGCUCAGGGGCUGGAUCCUCUGAAGGAUGUGGCCCUCAGAGGUCCAGGCUGAAACUGCUCCUCUCCCCUACAUGCGGCAACGGUUUAGACUCAGAAAUAAAUAAAACUAAUGGUGUGUUCAGGCGCUCUUUGUCAACCCAUAAAGUUGAAAGUGUCCACGUUCAUUGUAGGAUGUUAUCAUCAAAAAGGCAACAAAUGUCAACACAACGCAAAUAGUGGACCAGGUUAAUGAAGAAAAAAAAAAAAAAA